UUCAGGUAAGAACCGAGUCAGAGGUACGAAAGGCACUGCAGCUUAGCUUCGAAAACAUGAAAAUGUUAAAACUCUUCCGUAAUCAUAUUUUCCCUUAUUGGAAAUCCAUCAUUGUUGUAUCUGUUCCCUUGUUACUGUUGCCACUACCUGUUAUAUCGGGAACGAAGGAAGCAUCAUGUGGAUACAUCAUUUUGAUCAUGGCCAUUUACUGGAUGACGGAAGCAUUGCCACUUCCAAUUACGAGCUUGAUUCCGGUCGUUGCUUUCCCCCUCUUUGGCAUUUUGGACACGGGCACAGUUUGCACAGCUUACAUGAAGGAAACGAACAUGAUGUUCAUCGGAGGACUCAUCCUGGCUCUGGGAAUUGAGUUUUGCAAUUUGCACAAACGAGUGGCUUUGGCCGUGCUGCUACUGGUCGGUGCUAAACCAAGAUGGUUGAUGGUGGGUUUCAUGGCAACGACAGCCUUUCUGUCCAUGUGGAUCUCCAACACGGCCACCACCGCCAUGAUGGUUCCCAUCGUAGAAGCCGUCGUCUCCGAAUUGUACAAGGAUGAUGACAAGGAGGAAUCCCGUGGAUCUUCGCACGUCACGCUUGCCAUAUCCAGCGACAGCGUUCAAGAACUUGUGCCCGGUCCGCUGGAAACCAAAGACGUUCAUCAGAAAGUAGCGUCUUUAUCUCCAGCGUCGAUAGCAGCCGAGAAGGAAGCGAGAAGGAAAAUGCGCGUAGGCGUGAUGAUGUCCAUAGCUUAUGCCUCGAAUAUCGGUGGAACUGGAUCUUUGAUCGGAUCAUCUCCCCAAUUAGCGCUGAAAGGCAUCUUGCAAGAAACUUUCGGUACGACGGAAUUGAAUUUCGCCAGCUGGAUGGCGUUCAAUAUUCCCGGCGUCAUUAUUAACCUGUUCUUCGCUUGGUUAUGGAUACAAUUUCUUUUCAUUGGAUUCACAAACAACAACACCGAUGCGGAGCGGGAGAAGGAGGUGAGAAAAAUGAUCCGCAAAAAAUUCAAAGAUCUUGGCCCUAUGUCGUUCCACGAAGCAGCCGUGCUCGUCCUGUUCAUCAUCUGCGUUAUGCUGUGGUUUUUCCGCGACCCUGGUUUUGUGCCCGGCUGGGCGCAUUUCAUUGAGGACGCGCACGUCGAUGACGCUACAGCCGUUAUGAUUAUAGUUCUGUUUUUGUUCAGCAUUCCUGCCAAGCCUGCCUUUUGGUGUUUACGUCCGAAAGGAGAAAGCGGACCGGAGAAGCCUAGCCCUGCCCUUCUCGACUGGAAAUACGUUCAAGAUAGGCUACCGUGGGGCAUUGUCCUUCUUCUAGGUGGUGGAUUUGCAUUGUCUGACGCCACGAAAGAAUCAGGAUUAUCGGACUGGAUUGGGCAACAAUUGACCGGUUUGUCCGUUCUUCCUCCGUUCGUCAUCAUGUUAAUCAUCUGCAUAAUCACGGCCACCAUAACGGAAGUUGCGUCUAACACUGCCACGGCCAACAUUCUCCUUCCCAUCUUAGCAGACACGGCCGUAUCGAUCGGUGUAAAUCCUUUGUACUUGAUGGUGCCGGCGACAGUUACUUGUUCUUACGCGUUUAUGCUACCCGUGGCCACGCCUCCCAACGCGAUCGUGUUCUCCGCAGCCAAAAUGAAUCCAGUCGAAAUGAUGAAAGCCGGUUGGUUCAUGAACCUCGUUUGCGUCAUUGUCAUUUGCGUAUUGAUGGAGACGUGGGGAAAUGUGAUUUUCAACAGCAAAGAUUUCCCGGCGUGGGCCAACUCUACCAUGACGAACGAUACUGACAACGCGUGCAACGUCACUAGACUAAUGUGGGCAUGAAUGUUUUACCAGCCGAGUUGAACUAUUGAAAUAUCAACAAAAAUCAAUGCUUCCCACGAAAAAAAUAACGAAAUAUAUAUACUCUAAUA